AUGACUAAUUACAAUCUUCUUGGCGCGAAGAAAAUCCCGCACGUUCAAGUAUCUUGGAAGUCUGCCGUGACACUAGGUUUGUUUGUUUUUUGAAAUGUAAAUUUAUGGUUUGAUUAAGAUGAGAGUUUGGCGGGUGCAGCUCUGCAAGUCUCGUAUUGCCCUGUACCAGGAUGCCUUGGUUGGGGAAACAUUCUUCGACACCGGAAUGCUUUUCAUCGCACGGAGGAAGCUUGUCCAGUGGCAGCACACAUGAGGAAAAUGCGCCAUACCAUGGUACAUUUUUGGUAAAUUUUCUGUACUUGUAAUGAAAAAUUUAGGCACCGAACGUUCAAGUUCAGCGCGAAGCUCCGGCACCGGUUCCGCUGUCAGCUCAGCUGCCAGCUUGGCUGACGGCUCGGCCGGCAGAACAGCUUCCAGCUCCACUGUCAGCACAACUGCCACCCCCAUCGACAGCUCCCCAGCUUUCUCCGCAGCCUGCACCGAUUCCUGAACCAUGGUCGUUGCCAACCCUCGCUCAAGUCUACCCAUGUCCGUUGCCUCUGUAA